AUGAAAAACUUCGCUGCCACUGCCAUAGCUGCACUCCUGGCACUCACUGCCAAUGCAGCACCUGCCGACCCUACAUCCACAACACCCUCAGCGAGUCCAGCAGCUCAAACCUCAGUAUCUGUGCAAUACGAUACAACAUACGACAACUCCUCCUUCCCCAUCAGCCACGUAGCAUGCUCCGAUGGUCCCAACGGUCUCGAAGGCAAAGGCUACAACACACUAGGUCAAUUGCCUGACUUCCCUUACGUGGGAGCCUCGCCCACUAUCCCCGGUUGGGAUAGCCCUAACUGCGGCGCAUGUUACAACAUCACCUACAACACCGUUUCGCUUUAUGUAAUGGGUAUCGACUCUUCGACCAGUGCGUUCGUCCUGAGUCAGGCGGCGUUGGAUCGAUUGACUGGUGGUCAAGCUGUGGCUUUGGGCCAGGUUACUGCUUUCUAUGAUUCGGUCGACUCAAGUCACUGCGUUACAUGA